AUGGGUUCGAUCGCCGACGACCUCCCGCUGCAGCUCGCCGCCACCAAGCUCGACGUCAGCAACAACGAGAAGUCGAAGCCGGCGCCGAAGCUGCAGCUGCAGCCGGUGUUGGACGGUUUCACCGUGACGGCGGUGAGGAACGAGCUGGUGGCGGCGGUGCUGCCGGUGCAGGAGCACUGGCUCCCGCUGUCCAACCUCGACCUCCUCCUGCCGCCGGUGGACGUCGGGGUGUUCUUCUGCUACCAUGCGCCGCCCGACGGCGGAGACGCCGCGGUGGCGGGGCUGAAGAAGGGGCUGGCGCAGGUGCUGGUGUCGUACUACGCCUUCGCCGGGGAGGUGGUGAUGAGCUCCGGCGGGGAGCCGGAGCUGCUGUGCAACAACCGCGGGGUGGAGUUCUGCGUGGCUUACGCCGCCGACGUGGAGCUCCGGGAGCUGGAUUUGUAUAACCCCGACGACUCGGUCGAAGGGAAGCUCGUUCCCGUUAAGAAGGACGGCGUUUUGGCCGUUCAGGUGACGGAACUGAGAUGCGGCGGGAUAGUGGUGGGCUGCUCCUUCGACCACCGCGUCGCCGACGCCUACUCCUUCAACAUGUUCCUAGUCUCGUGGGCCGAGUCGGCCCGCUCCAGGCCCAUCUCCACCCUCCCUUCCUUCCGCCGCUCCUUGCUCAACCCCCGCCGCCCGCUCUCCCACAACUCCGCCCUCGACGACAUGUACGUCCCCAUCGCCUCCCUCCCGCCGCCGCCGCCGCCCUCCGCCGCCGCCCCCGCCCUCAUCAGUCGCAUCUACCACGUCAGCUCCGAUGAGCUCAUCAAACUCCAAACCCUCGCCAACGGGAACAACAACAACAAGAAGAACCGGUUCUCGAAGCUCGAGUCAUUCUGCGCUCACCUCUGGCAACUCGUGGCGAGAUCGACCCGCGGCGACAAAAACGACGUCGUAACGAAGAUGGGCAUCGUGGUGGACGGACGGUCCAGGCUGGGCCCGGAGAUGGGCUCCUAUUUCGGGAACGUGCUGUCGAUUCCGUACGGAGGGAAGAUGGCGAGCGAGCUGGUGGGGAGCUCGCUGGGCCAGGUGGCGGGCGGGGUCCACGAGUUUCUGGGCCGUGGGGCCAGUAGAGAGCACUUUCUGGGCCUGGUAGACUGGGUGGAGGCCCACAGGCCGGAGCCGGCGAUAUCGAAGAUAUACAGCACCGGGAGCGCGGACGGGCCGGCGUUCGUCGUGUCGUCGGGGCGCGGGCUGCCCGUGGGCCAGGUGGACUUCGGGUGGGGCCUGCCGGGUUUCGGGUCGUACCAUUUCCCGUGGGGCGGGACGGCCGGGUACGUGAUGCCGAUGCCGAGCCCGAAGAGGGAAGGGGAUUGGGUUGUUUACAUGCAUUUGUUCGAGGAGCAGUUGGCGUUGAUCGAGAGGGAGGCGGCCUCCGUUUUCAGGCCGUUCGCUUGGGACUACGUCGUUUAG